GAGGAGAGAGAGGGGGGAGUGGAUCCAUCCGUCCCAUCGGCUGAGUUUACUACCUUCGUGGUGGACGUCAUCUUUUAACUUUCCAGUAUUCCUUGCCUGGUAUCCCAGUAGCAAAGCACGGACCUAUAGACCUGCGGACCUCCAUGGAUGGCAAAUACAAAGAAAUUGCUGAGGAGUUGUUGUCGCGUAGUCUGGUUGAGAGCGAGAUGCGCAGUGCUCCGUAUGAGUUUCCAGAGGACAGUCCCAUCGAGCAGCUGGAGGAGCGGAGGCAAAGACUCGAGAGACAGAUCAGUCAGGAUGUUAAAUAUGAGCCUGACAUUCUCCUCCGAGCCAAGCAGGACUUAUUGAAGACAGACAGUGCUGCUGACCUUGAAUAUCUGAAGGAGCAAAGUGACGCACAACUGGAUCUGUAUCCAGAGCAUGAACUCAUACCAGAGAGGGAGUACCAGAGAGUCACUAUCUCUGGGGAAGAAAAAUGUGGUGUUCCCUUCACAGACCUGCUGGAUGCUGCUAAGUGUGUGGUGAAGGCUCUGUUCAUCAGGGAGAAGUACAUGUCCCUGUCCAUGCAGGGCUUUUGCAGGACUACUGCUCGGUACUUGACAGAGCUUGGGGACAAGCCUUUGGACCUCAGUGCAUACCAGGAAAUGCCCGAGACCUCCAUAACUGCAGAUGCCCCAGUCCACCCACCGGUCUCAGAGACACACCCUUAUGAGGGCUUAGACCCCACUAGCUUGCCACCAGACAUAGGCUACAGCUGCAAGAUGAUAGAUGGUGUCGUACAUGUGUUUACUCAUAAGAGCAAUAUGGAAAAAGCCACAGAGCUGGAUCUAACCUACCCUGAUCUGCAAGAGUAUAUAGCUGACAUGAAUGUCAUGAUGGCCCUCAUCAUUAACGGACCAGUAAAAUCAUUUUGCUAUCGGCGUCUGCAGUACCUGAGCUCCAAGUUUCAGAUGCACAUCCUUUUGAAUGAAAUGAAGGAGUUGGCAGCUCAGAAGAAAGUUCCUCAUCGGGAUUUUUACAACAUACGCAAAGUGGACACGCAUAUCCACGCUUCAUCCUGCAUGAAUCAGAAGCACCUACUACGCUUCAUUAAGAGAGCUAUGAAGAAGUACCCUAAGGAGAUUGUACAUGUGGAGAAAGGCCGGGAACAGACACUUAUGGAGGUCUUUGAGAGUAUGAAUCUGACAGCCUUCGACCUCAGUGUGGACACACUAGACAUGCAUGCGGAUCGAAACACUUUCCAUCGUUUUGACAAAUUCAACUCCAAAUACAACCCGAUUGGAGAGUCCAUCCUCCGGGAGAUCUUUAUAAAAACAGACAACCAUAUUGAAGGGAAAUAUUUUGGACACAUUAUCAAGGAGGUGAUGGAGGAUCUUGAGGAAAGCAAAUAUCAGAACGUUGAGCUGCGUCUCUCCAUCUAUGGCCGUUCCAGGGACGAGUGGGAUAAACUGGCACGGUGGGCCGUCAAGCACAGAGUCCAUUCUGACAAUGUGCGCUGGCUCGUCCAAGUACCUCGUCUGUUUGAUGUCUAUCACACUAAGAAACAGCUGAGUAAUUUUCAGGAGAUGUUGGAGAACAUCUUCAUGCCUUUGUUUGAAGUCACCAUCCAACCAAGUAGUCACCCAGAGCUGCAUGUCUUCCUGCAACAUGUGGUAGGGUUUGACAGCGUGGAUGAUGAGUCCAAACCAGAGCACCACAUCUUUAACCUGGACAGUCCGCUACCUGCCAGCUGGAUAGAGGAAGAUAAUCCACCUUAUUCUUACUAUCUCUAUUACACCUUCGCCAAUAUGACUGUGCUAAACCACCUGCGCAGGAGCAGGAACUUCAAUACAUUUGUGCUGAGGCCACACUGUGGUGAAGCAGGACCAAUUCACCACCUGGUGUCAGGCUUCAUGCUUUCAGAGAGCAUCUCCCAUGGCCUGCUGCUCAGGAAGGCUCCUGUGCUGCAGUAUUUGUAUUAUCUGGCCCAGAUCGGCAUUGCCAUGUCUCCUCUCAGCAACAACAGCUUGUUCCUUAGCUACCAUCGCAACCCGCUGCCUGAAUAUCUGUCCAGAGGCCUAAUGGUCUCCUUAUCUACCGAUGACCCUCUGCAAUUUCAUUUCACAAAGGAGCCGUUAAUGGAGGAGUACAGUAUAGCUGCUCAGGUGUGGAAGCUGAGCUCAUGUGAUAUGUGUGAGCUGGCAAGAAACAGUGUACUAAUGAGUGGCUUCUCCCAUAAGGUGAAGACUUACUGGCUGGGCCCCAAUUACAUCAAAGAAGGCCAGGAAAGCAACGACAUCCGCCGGACCAAUGUCCCCGACAUUCGUGUGGCGUACCGCUUUGAGACGCUGUGCGAAGAGCUGAAUCUGAUCAUACAGGCAGUGAGGAAUGAGGAACUAGAAACCAUUGAAGAGGAGGGUCCAUGCAUGAGCACAGUGCAGAGUGGACAGUAGGGACAGGGUGCAGUAUCACCAAGUCAAGAAUCUGAAUGGGGCUGUUUGAUGAAAGUGGUGGUCAGUUACAUCUGAGGUGAUGCUGAGAGUGUUAAACUGAUGUCAGACAUAUUGCAUCAACAUAAAGCAAAGUGAAAAUUUAAACUUGUGCAUGCCCUUUUGAAUGUAAAUUCGAUUACUGAACUUGUCUUCAGUACUGCCUGCAGAAACAUCAUCGCUGAAAGUUAUGCACCUCACAGUGUCAACAGCCAGUAGUUUGCACCAAUGGUCGCGGCUCCCUUCAGAUAUUACCAAAAAAAAAAAAAAAGAUGCCAUGGCCCCAGCAAGCAUGACAAACCAAUACGCUGCUAUGUGUUGGUGUACUUUUGUGGUAGUGUUGUUAUUGUUCAAGGCCUUAUUUAUAGCAUUAUCAAAAAAAAACCACCCUGUGACACCCGACUGGGCUUAAUUAGAUCAUGGGCAUCAAACGUGGUGUAUUAGGGAUAGUUUUAAUGGAAAUUCAAUUCCAUGAACAAUGGUUCUGUGUCAGAGCUGCUAUUAUUCAGUGUCUGAUUUUAAUUGAACAUUUUUUUUUUUUUUUUUUGUUAGCUAUAUUCUGAUCAUGUUGACUUGUACCUGGUAUGUUUGUUAUUUACUGGUUAUCAGUGUAUUUACCCAUUGGAA